AUGGGUAUUCAAAAGAAGCACGGUAAGGGGCGUCUCGACAAGUGGUACAAGCUAGCCAAAGAGAAAGGAUACCGUGCGAGAGCUGCUUUCAAAUUGAUUCAGUUGAACAAGAAAUAUGGGUUUUUGGAGAAGAGCAAGGUCUUGCUGGAUCUUUGCGCCGCCCCAGGAUCCUGGUGUCAAGUAGCUGCAGAAUGCAUGCCGGUCGGUAGUCUCAUCGUCGGUGUGGAUCUUUCCCCGAUCAAAGCGAUCCCUCGAGUUAUUUCCUUCCAAAGUGACAUUACGACCGAUAAGUGCCGAGCUACCAUUCGAUCACAUUUCAAGACCUGGAAGGCGGACACGGUACUUCACGAUGGAGCUCCCAAUGUUGGUACCGCUUGGGUACAAGAUUCGUUCAACCAGGCAGAAUUGGUUCUCCAAGCCAUGAAACUUGCGACAGAGUUUUUGGUGGAAGGAGGCACCUUCGUCACCAAGGUCUUUCGAUCCAAGGACUACAACAGUCUUCUCUGGGUCUUCAAUCAAUUGUUCGCCAAGGUCGAGGCAACGAAACCCCCUUCGUCGAGAAACGUUUCCGCAGAAAUUUUCGUCGUAUGUCGUGGCUACAAAGCCCCAAAGCGAAUCGAUCCUAAGUUCCUUGACCCUAAAUCAGUGUUUGCAGAACUCUCGGAUCCUACACCCAACAACGAAGCCAAGGUCUUCAACCCUGAGAUCAAGAAGCGCAAGAGAGAUGGAUACGAGGAGGGAAACUACACCCAGUUUAAGGAGGUGACUGCUAGCGAGUUCAUCCAGACGACAGAUCCUAUUGCCAUUCUUGGUGGAAUGAGCCGACUGAGCUUCCAACAACCCCCGAACGGUGAUGUUGCACUCGCAGCAAUCGACAAGCUACCUGAGACGACAGAAGACAUCCGGGUCGCCUGCGCAGAUAUCAGAGUUCUGGGUAGGAAAGAGUUCAGAAUGCUGCUCAAAUGGCGUUUGAAAGUCAGAGAGCUGUUUGGAUUGGCAACAAAGAAGUCCAAGGCACCAGCAGACGAAGAGGUGGUGGAAGUAGAACCUAUGGACGAAGAGUUGAAGAUUCAAGAGGAGCUGCAGGCAUUGAGUGAAAAGGAGAGCGGACGGAAAAAACGCGAACGUAGAAGGGAAAAUGAGAAGAAGCAACGGGAGAUUAUCCGCAUGCAACUUCACAUGACCGUUCCUACAGAGAUUGGUAUGGAGCAAGCGGGCCCUAAUGGGGAGGGCUCUAUGUUCGGGCUGAAAGCUGUCGACAAAUUGGGUGCUGUGGACAAGAUUACGAAGGGAAAGAUGGCAAUUUUGACCGAAGCAGACCGACGCAAAGAUAUAGACGGAAUUGGAUCUGACGACGACGAUAGCGAGAGCGAUGAGGAAGAGGACAAUCUGGACAGAGAACUGGACUCGUUGUAUAGCCAGUACCAAGAGAGAAAGUCAGAUAGUGAUGCCAAGUUCAAGGCGCGGAAGGCACGAAAGGAGCACGAGGAUGGUGACUGGGAGGGCUUUUCAGCGGGAGAAGAGGCUAGCGACAACGACCAGCUCGAGGAAGAUAGUAGCGACGAGUCAUCAGACGACGAGCGACCUGCCAAAAGACCUCUGCUUACCGACUUGAAAGGCAAAGAUAUGAAAGCUGGUGGUCUGUCAAGGCGCGCAGCUCAAUUUUUUGACCAGGAUAUUUUCAAGGAUAUCGGGGAAUUACUUCCGGAAGAACCCGAAUCUGAGGCAGAGGGUGAAGAGGAGAUUUCUGCUGCUCUCGAGGAGCUGGAGACGAUACGACCAAUGGCAGAAGAGGAGGAGCCCGAAGAGGAAAUUCCAAUGGCCGAUUCAAUAGACGGUAGCGAUGACGAGGACGGCUUCGAAGUAGUUAAGAAGACUGCCGCAGAAAAAGAGUGGGAAGAGCAAGAACCGCGAAAAGACGGCAAGCUCGAUAUCGAUAUAAUCACAGCAGAAGCCAUGUCAUUAGCCCAAAAGAUCGCUUCGGGAGAAGUUACCACUCGAGAAUUGAUUGAUGAGGGAUUCAACAAGUAUGCUUUCAAGGACCGGGAAGGACUUCCAGAAUGGUUCUUGGAUGAUGAACAAAGACAUGAUAAGCCCCAUCGUCCAAUUACCGCCGCUGGAGCUGCAGCCAUCAAGGAAAAGCUGCGUGCCCUAAACGCCCGACCUAUUAAGAAGGUACGCGAAGCCAAAGACAGAAAGAAGUUCAAGGCCGCCCAGCGCCUCGAGAAAUUGCGCAAGAAGUCUGCCUUACUUCAAGACGAGGAGGGUAUGACUGAGAAGGAGAAGGCGACCAGUAUCGCGAAGUUGAUGAGCAAGGCUGCAAAGAAGAAGCCUAAGCAGCAGAUUAAGGUUGUGGUUGCGAGGGGAAACAACAAGGCUAUUGCAGGGAGACCGAGAGGUGUGAAGGGCAAGUACAAGAUUGUUGAUGCUAGGUUGAAGAAGGAUGUUAGGGGUGAGAAGAGGGCAGCGAAGAAGCGUAAAUGA